GUCCCCACAAUGAUGAUGAUGAUGGCUGUGGAAUCGUCUUGCUUUAGCUUUGAAUGCAUCGGAGCGGGUUUAGCGAAGUAGCAGUCCUACUGACGAGCGAAAUGUCCGGCACUGGUCCAGCUUGAUGUGCUUAGGUUACUUCGGAUGGACGGCAGUUUUUUCUUGAUUAUUGGCCCAAAUUGCGUGAUAUCUGGUCAUCAGGCAAUGAAUGAUUUUAAUCGCUUGUGUUGCGGGGAUAGUUUGUGCAUUUGAUUGAACGUGCAUUCCUAGUUAAGGAGAUUCAUUGCGGUUAGUCUCGAUUCUGAUGAUGGCUAUGGAAUAACGGUCUACUUUGGAUUUGAAUGGGACCAGAGUUUAGGUCAUUGAGCGUUAGUCUCAUCCCCUGUUUCUUUGUGGGUUUGGCAGAGUAGUCCUAUUGACAAGUGAACUGUCUGGCUUAUAUCACUGCAAAUUACUUACGGUAUCUUGCAGUAAUAGCAAUAUCGUGUCUCUUUGAACUAAGUGCAAAUUACGUAUUGGAAAUUGUAUUUAUUUGAUCUCUUGUUUGCCAUGGAUCUUGCAAAAUCAUCUCUUUCUUCUUUUGCUUUUCUCAAGGUGAUGAAGGUCGAGAGUUGAUCACCGUGGAGCACUGUGGCGAUGACACCCUAGCAGAACUUGUUGAAACCAUGCAAGAUUCUUAGGAUUGGGAUGAUUUGCAAGCUGUGGAAUCAGAAGCUCGUGGAGUUUCGACCAAUAUGUUUGGCCAAGAUAUCUGUAAUGACGGUGAAUGCAAUGUUAUACACGAUGUCAAUAUUUAGAAGAUUCUCCACAACGUGUGAAAAAUCAAACUUUCAUUGAGGUGAGGAUUCCUCUAUUGACAGUGAAGACAAAGAUGAUGUAUUGGGCAGUAAAACGGGAAGGAAAUCCUCAUGUAUAUUCCUGGCCAAAGCAGUACUCUAAGCAAUACAUCCACUCCAAUUCUGGGCAGACAAUCUUUAGAAUCCAUGGACUGUAAGAGCACUGUCACUCAAGGCUCAAUAUCAUUAGUUUCAAAUAAAAGACAUUGCUCUCCAAUUUCGACAUCCAAACAAGGGACUUUGAGUUAUGCAGAAUUCCAAGCCUUGGAUGACUUAGAAUUGGCAAAUGUUGUCAUAUUCGGAAACAAGGCAUUUCGAGCAAUGCAGCAUCAGGCUUGUAAAGCUUUUGUAGCCAAGCAAGUUUGCUUUAUUCUCAUGUCCACUGGAGGUGGUAAAAGUUUAUGUUACCAGCUGCUAGGAACUCUAAAACCAGGUGUCACAGUUGUUAUAUCUCCCUUGCUAUCUCUCCUCUUGGAUCAAAUCAUUACUGUAACCCUCAAGUACGGCAUACAAUCUACUUUCUUGGACUCUCAACAGACUGCUGCCCAAUUGGCAGUUGUCCUCCGAGAACUAAGGCAAGAUAAACAUCGUGCAAGCUAUUGCAUGUGACUCCUGAAAGGAUUGGGGGAAAAAUAUCAUUUCUCGAGAUAUUGAAAUGCUUACACAGAAAGGGACAACUAGCUGGUUUUGUUGUUGAUGAGGGACAUUGCAUGAGGUAUGCGUAAUCUUUGGCAUGCCUUGUACAUGAAGAAAAAUCAUGCUAGAGUUACUUCAAAAAGAAUAAUUAUUUGUGAUGUUGCCACUGCAAAACUAUUGUCCUUAUUCCAGAUAAAUAUAAGCAACUUUCCUUUUAUAUAAGCUAACUUAAACUCUUUUUCCAAACUUUUUGGCAUUUUCUGUGUUUCUAGCCUUAUAAAUUGUCAGUGUUGCCCUAGACCUUUUGAAGCUCCUGUGAAGUUCUAAUAUAACACAAUGGAAUGUUCCUUGUUUGAGCUUUGGAAAAGAUCUAGGUUCUGUCGUUUGGGAAAAUUUAGUGGCACAUCAUUCAUUAUAUUGAGUAAGAGGACUCAACUUAAAUAAGCUGCAAUGGAAAUGACUUCCUAAAGUAAUUGGAAGUGGCAUAAGCUUGACAAGGAUGCCAUCUGCUGUCUAUGUUUGGCAUGAUACUCCAUCUCUUCAGCUGGUUCCUGUGUAUCUAUUUAUUCUACUAAUGGUUACACUAUAUACUGACAACUUGAGAAAGGCAAAGGUCCACUCACGUGAUCAUUGAUUUUGUUCCUUACAAGGUAUUAACUGGAUUUGCUUGGCCAGUUUAAUCUCAUGAAAGGAAGAUGCCAUCUGCUAUCUAUGUUUGGCAUAAUACUCAGUCUUUUAAGCUCGUUCUUGUGUAUCUAUUUAUUCUAUUAAUGGUUAUACUAUAUACUGACAACGUGAGAAAGGCAAGGGUCCACCACAUGAUCAUUGAUUGUGUUUCUUAAAAGGUAUUCACUGGAUUUGCUCUGCCAAUUUAAUCUCAUGAAAGGAACGUGCUGCUAAUUUGAGCUUUUAUUGUACAUUUGCCUGAUUGACGACAAGAGCUCAUUGGUUGUCACUUUCAUGGUUGUCAUGAAAGUAACGUACUGCUGGUUUGAGCUUUUAUAUAUGCUAACUUAAGCUCUUUUUCCAAACUUCUCUGCAUUUUCUUUGUUUCUAGCCUAAUUUAAUUGUCCAUGCUACACUAGACCUU